AGCAGAGGCGGGAAUCCGAAGCGGAAGUGGCUCAUAUCAGGAAGACUUUAGCAGCUCAACCAUGAAUCCGCUAACGAAGGUGAAGUUGAUCAACGAGCUGAACGCGCGUGAGGCCGACCUCGGGGUGAACGAGUCCGUCUCCUGGCACACCGAGUACAAAGACAGCGCCUGGAUCUUCAUCGGAGGGUUUCCAUACGAGCUGACUGAAGGGGACAUCAUCUGUGUCUUCUCUCAGUACGGAGAGAUCGUCAACAUCAACCUGGUGCGAGACAAGAAGACGGGGAAGUCCAAAGGUUUCUGCUUCAUCUGCUACGAGGACCAGAGGAGCACCGUCCUCGCUGUGGACAACUUCAACGGCAUCAAGGUGAAGCCUCGUUCACACCGCGAGACUUCCUGUCUCUAA